AUGGCAGAUUCCAAAUAUUUCUUGCGUCAAAUUGCAUUUUUCAUCCUCUUGUUCUCCAUUUUCUCUCCUUCAUCUGCUCAUAACAAGAGCACGACAACUACUACUACUACUACUACUACUCCUCCUUCAGGUUGUUCCUGUCCCUGUCCCUGUCCUUCAGAUUCUUCCCCUCCUUCAGGUUCUCUUCCUCCUCCAGGUUCUCCCCCUUCUUCAGGUUCUCUUCCUCCUUCAGGUUCUCCUCCUCUUUCUUCAGGUUCUCCCCCUCCGUCAGGUUAUCCUCCUCUUCCUUCAGGUUCUCCCCCUCCUUCAGGUUAUUCUCCCCCUUCAAGUUCACAAUUCGAUUUCAAAAGUUGCUUCUCUAGGAUUUUUGCUUUUGGAGAUUCGUACACAGACACCGGAAAUGCUCAGUUGAUGGGAGGAUUCCAACCCUUCAUUUCCCAAAUAUUUUCACAAUUCUCUUCGGGUCAGUUACCUGGUUACAGACUAUGUAAUGGCCGCUUAGUCAUUGAUUUCCUAUGCGAUGCUCUCUCCAUACCCACCUUGCGACCCUACGCAGAUUCUUCUGCAGAAUUCUCAAAAGGUGUGAACUUUGCGAUCGCCGGAUCGACGACCCUCUCAACGGACUUCUUCAGUCAGUUUAUUAGUAAAGGUCAUUCACUGAUGUGGAACGCGAAUCCAGAGAGUUGCGACACUCAAAUAAAUUGGUUCAACAAGUAUAUUGCAGAGAAAGGAUGCAAGGGGAUUAAUGAGGAGGCAUGCAGGGGAGAGAUGGCGAAUUCACUCUUCUGGAUUGGUGAGAUGGGUGGCAAUGAUUAUGCUCGCCUUUAUGGCUCUCAUGUUCUCCAUAAGCUACUAAUAACACAAGCUGUUGGACAUGUCCACAAACUUUUGAGGGUAAUAUUGGACAAGGGUGCAAGGUUUAUUGUGGUUCAAGGGCUACCACCAGCAGGAUGCCUUCCAUUGCACUUGUCAUUUUGUCCGUUGAAGGACCGUGAUCAAUACGGUUGCUCAAAUAUUGCAAACUCAUUGAUAAUGGCACACAACGAACUUCUGCAGGCUAAGUUGGAAGAACUACGAAGAAAAUAUAGCAAUGCUAUGAUCAUAUAUGCUGAUUAUUGGAAAGCAUAUCAAACCAUACUGACAAAUUAUAAAAGUUACCAAUUUGAACAACCUUUCGAUGUAUGCUGUGGAGCUGGGGGUGGACCAUUUAACUUUGAAUUGAACAGCCUGUGUGGAUCUGCAGGCACGUCCACCUGCAAGGAUGCCAACAAGUAUAUUAACUGGGAUGGGAUUCACUUAACAGAAGCCAUGUAUAAGCAUGUUUCUGAUCUUUUCUUCCAUAAAGACCAUUGUCGACCAUCCUUCGCUGAGCUAAUUAUGAAGAAGAAACAGAUGAUGAUGGGAUCUAGUACAUAGAAGCCAUGAUAUAUGCAGCUAGCUGAUCUAUUUUCAGUUGAGGCUUACAUAAUAAACCAUGUAAUGAUCAGGAAGAAUAAAGGCAUUUUAGAUGCUUCACACCAAUGGUAGCUAGGUUCGUAUUCAAGCUCCGAAUGACUGGAUUCUGAGAGCGGAUAAUGUUUAUUUGUUUUAGACAGUUUGCAGCAUCUGUCUAACUUUGUUGUAUAUGUUAUUUUGACUCAAUAUGAUAAUGAUGUUUCUUUGGUUUA